UUGAUCUGAUCACAUCCAACGGACGGACUGCAAAAGGGAGAGACUGAGAUUUAAGGAGAGCAGAAGGUUUCUUACCCGCUCGCCUGUAUUUGAGCGCUUCCAGUUUGACUUCUUGAUUUUUCUUUCUCAGUUUCGAUACGACUUUGCCUAAGAUUUGGUGUAGGAGAUGUCCUUUCCCCAGCUGGGCUACCCUCAAUACUUAAGCACCACCCAAGCGGUGUAUGGAGGUGAUCGUCCGGGGAUGUUGGCUACCUCUGCCCGUGGAGGAAGCUCUGACAUCGCUGCAAAUCCGUCCGCUACAGCCGCCGCGGUCACAUCGGUGCUGGGCAUGUAUGCAAACCCGUACACUACCCACAACUACAGCGCCUUUCUACCAUACACCAGCGCGGACUUGGCUCUCUUCUCGCAGAUGGGUUCCCAGUAUGAACUUAAAGACGGUCCCGGUGUCCAUCCGGCCAGUUUUGCUGCCCAUACGUCUCCUGCCUUUUACCCGUAUGGGCAGUUCCAAUACGGAGACCCUGCCAGACCUAAGAAUGCCACAAGGGAGAGCACCAGCACAUUGAAGGCCUGGCUCAACGAACAUAGGAAAAAUCCCUACCCGACGAAAGGAGAAAAGAUCAUGCUGGCUAUCAUCACUAAGAUGACCCUUACGCAGGUCUCCACUUGGUUCGCGAAUGCCAGGAGGAGACUCAAGAAGGAGAACAAGGUGACUUGGGGUACUAGGAGCAAAGAGGACGAAGAUGGCAAUAUAUUUGGGAGUGAUAAUGAGGGCGAUGCGGAGAAAAAUGAAGACGAAGAAAUUGACUUGGAGAGCAUAGACAUUGACAAGAUUGAUGAAAACGAUGGGGAGCAAAGCAACGAUGACGACGACGAGAAAUCCGAAGGGAGGGAUCGGAGAGAGUUGGACAGUUUGGAGAAAAGACGCGCUUUGGUUCUUCAAGAGCACGAAUUUGACAAAUCAAAAGACGGCAUUUCCAUCGGCAAAGAACAGUCUAAUAGUAACAACAUCAGCACAAAAGUACUUUCUCCUAGCAGUCAAGGUAGCUUCCAGUUGCCUGUAAACAAUAAACCUAAAAUAUGGUCGUUAGCAGAGACUGCAACUAGUCCCGACAGUUCCCAGAAACCCAUGUCACCCUCUGUUCCGGCUAGUCACGCUUCGCCCCAGAUCCAGCACCCGGCCUUUCUUCCCAACCAUGGACUUUACACGUGCCAGAUCGGAAAGUUCCACAACUGGACAAAUGGCGCUUUCCUCGGCCAAAGUUCCCUGUUAAACGUCAGGUCCUUCCUGGGAGUAAAUCAGCAUCAUCACAAUCACAACCUCCACGCACUGCAGCAGCCGCCCGCGGUGGUUGUGUCGUCUGUCUCUUCUCUCGCGAGUGAGAAAGCGUCAGAGGAACUGAGUCCGAAACACAUAGAACAUGAACAUGUCCAAAUGCGCGAAUCCCCGACACAACCAUUACAGUCAUCCUUUCGACCGGUGCAUGAAAGCUCCCGGCAUCAGCAAACAACGCAACGAGUUCUUACGGCUCUCUCUUCGGCCUGAUCAAGAUCUGGGGAAAAAAGACUAAACGAACCAAUAAAAGGACAAUUUCACUGUAGCAUUAUUCAAAUGAUACUGAACAACUGACUUAAUUUCACAAAAAAAAACUGUUGUUGGAUUGCUCUUAUUGUUGUACACUACCACUCGUUUUGCUUUCCUU